AUAGCUUACAGUGAUACGGACUCUACGGAACCCCUGAGACGGUUAUUAUAAGAGUCGGUUAAUCUUGACCUUCAACACACAGUUUCCCUUGUCCAUUGACACUUGCAAUGGCUAUCCCAGACGAGAACAUCCAUCCCACCGCAACCGGCAACGCCGCCAAAACGGUCGUAGAACACCAAGCGAAGCAGGAUUUAAUAUUCUACUCAGGAUGGUUCUGUCCUUUCAACCAGCGCGUCUGGAUCUCUUUGGAGGAAAAGGGUAUACCAUAUCAAUACAAGGAAGUCAACCCAUACAAGAAGGAGAAGCAUUUCCUUGAUAUCAACCCCAAGGGCCUUGUCCCCGCAAUAGAGUACCAGGGCAAGGCUCUAUAUGAAUCUAUCGUCCUGUGCGAGUUUCUUGAGGAAGCCUACCCCGACUACAAGCCUCAUCUCCUCCCCAUUGAUCCAUUCGAACGGGCUCAUGCACGCCUGUGGAUCGACCACACGUCGAAGAUGAUUAUCCCAGCCUGGCAGCGUCUUCUGCAGGCACAGAGUAAGGAACAGGAAGACGCUGCGCGCCAGGAACUCUACGUUGCGCAGAGAAAGCUCGCGCAGCAGGUCAAGGGGCCGUACUUUGCUGGAGAAGAAUUCGGUUUGGUCGAUGUUGCUAAUGCGCCAUGGAUAGCUCGGGAGUAUAUCCUUGCUGAACACCGUGGGUAUGACAGGGCGCAAGUAGGCAACGGUUGGAGCGAGUAUGUUGAGCGCAUGGCUACACGCGAGAGCGUUAAGAAAACCACGAGCGACGAAGACAAGCUUCAGGUUAUCUAUGAUCGGUAUCUUCGCGAUGAAGCUCAAAGCGAAGCUGCGAAGGCUAUCAGAGCUGGUAGACCUUUACCUUAGUACCAAACAAGACGUGCAUGUAAUGAUAGAUGGGAGCUGCAGGAAGUGUUAUGUAUGACAGUUUUUCGAAUCAAGGCCUCGACAAUCCGCCACAGCUAUUUUCAGAUCGAUAGAUCAGAUUUCAGAAUUUUCGCCGAAGCACCUUUGUUUACUUGUGCAAGUUAUAGGGGGGUGGCACCUAUUAGUCAAGAUUGUUGCGGCUGCAGAUGACGUCACCGAGGAGCCUUGUCUUAAACACACAUCAUGCUACAUAUGUCUGGUACAAAAGUUGUUUCACAGCACAAUUGUGAUAUUUCCUCGACUGAAUGGGCUGUCCAGCUUUACACAUCACUCAUAUCUCUUUGUAAUUUUGUAGGAUCUUGCUCUUGAUGCAUCUUAACACAG